CCCCUCCCUCUCCCUCGCCCCUCGGACAGGAGCGCACCGCCUGCCCCCAGCUCCUCGAGAAGGGAGGAAUUUAGAAAAAAAAGUUUCCCAGAAGUUUGGAUCAGAGGAAGGACGGGAAGAGACCACGGGAGGAAGAGGGAGAGGGAGGAGAGAAAGGGAGAGGGAGGAGGGAGAGAGAAUAAAAAAAAGAUGAAGUCCAGUCUGCACAGCCUGUGAGCGCCUGCCCGGGUGGGUGGGAAGCAGGGCUCGGGCGCUCAUGCAGCGAGCGGGCAGCGCUCGGGGCGCUUGUUCCUAGGGGCUGGGGCAGCCAGGGACGUCGGUCCGAGCCGGUGGCGGAGGGCGCAGGGGGAGGGUGCCGAGGACCCGCAAAGCCGCCGCCUCAGUCUCGGCCGCCAGCCGCCGCCUCUCCCGGGCCCGGCUCGGCGGGCGCUCGGAGCGUGAGGGCUCGGGUUGCUCCCUCUGCAGCGGGGGCGAGCGGGGGCCGGGGUGCGGGCGGCUAAGAUGAGUGAAAGGAGAAGAUCUGCAGUCGCCCUGAGCUCGCGAGCACAUGCCUUCUCCGUUGAAGCCUUGAUCGGCUCAAAUAAAAAGCGGAAGCUGCGAGACUGGGAGGAGAAGGGGCUGGACCUGUCCAUGGAGGCGCUGAGCCCCGCGGGCCCACUCGGAGACACGGAGGACGCGGCCGCGCACGGCCUGGAGCCUCACCCGGAUUCCGAGCAGAGCACUGGUUCAGACUCUGAGGUGAUCACUGAGCGGUCUUCCUGCUCCUUUGACACUCACACUGACCUGGGCCCUGGUGCUGCAGGCCCUGUGCCUGCUGCCAUGUCUUCCAUGGAGGAGAUUCAGGUGGAGCUGCAGUGUGCUGACCUCUGGAAGAGGUUCCAUGACAUUGGAACCGAGAUGAUCAUCACCAAAGCAGGCAGGAGGAUGUUUCCUGCCAUGAGAGUGAAAAUCACUGGCCUGGAUCCACACCAGCAGUACUACAUAGCAAUGGACAUUGUACCUGUGGACAAUAAAAGAUACAGAUAUGUGUAUCACAGCUCCAAGUGGAUGGUGGCUGGCAACGCUGAUUCCCCUGUGCCCCCAAGAGUUUAUAUACACCCUGAUUCUCUAGCUUCUGGAGAUACUUGGAUGAGACAGGUGGUCAGUUUCGACAAACUCAAGCUGACCAACAAUGAAUUGGAUGAUCAAGGACAUAUCAUUCUUCACUCUAUGCACAAAUACCAGCCUCGGGUUCAUGUGAUUCGCAAGGAUUUCAGCAGCGACCUUUCACCCACCAAAGCUGUCCCUGUUGGGGAUGGAGUGAAAACAUUCAACUUUCCUGAGACCGUGUUUACCACAGUCACGGCCUAUCAGAACCAGCAGAUCACCAGAUUAAAAAUUGACAGAAACCCUUUUGCUAAAGGAUUCAGAGAUUCUGGAAGAAACAGAACCGGACUGGAAGCCAUCAUGGAGACUUACGCAUUCUGGAGACCCCCUGUGCGCACACUCACCUUUGAAGAUUUCACCACCAUGCAAAAGCAGCAAGGAGGCAGCACAGGCACUUCCCCAACCACCUCCAGCACUGGGACACCAUCCCCUUCAGCUUCUUCUCAUCUUUUAUCUCCAUCCUGUUCUCCUCCAACAUUUCACCUGGCCCCCAACACUUUCAACGUGGGCUGCCGAGAGAGCCAGCUGUGUAACCUAAACCUCUCUGAUUAUCCACCAUGUGCCCGAAGCAACAUGGCUGCCUUGCAGAGCUACCCAGGGCUGAGUGACAGUGGCUACAACAGGCUCCAGAGUGGCACUGCUUCAGCCCCUCAGCCCUCGGAAACCUUCAUGCCCCAGAGGACUCCAUCCCUGAUCUCAGGAAUACCUGCUCCUUCCUCGUUGCCUAGCAACAGCAAGAUGGAAGCCUACGGUGGCCAGCUGGGGUCCUUCCCCACUUCCCAGUUUCAGUAUGUCAUGCAGGCAGGCAAUGCAGCCUCCAGCUCCUCAUCACCACACAUGUUUGGGGGCAGCCACAUGCAGCAGAGCUCCUACAAUGCCUUCUCUCUCCACAACCCUUAUAAUCUAUAUGGAUACAAUUUCUCCACUUCCCCAAGGCUAGCUGCAAGCCCAGAAAAACUGAGCACCUCUCAAAGCACUUUACUCUGUUCUUCUCCUUCCAAUGGGGCCUUUGGAGAGAGGCAGUACCUGCCUACAGGGAUGGAGCAUGGCAUGCACAUGAUUAGCCCCUCAGCCAAUAAUCAGCAGGCGACUAACACCUGUGAUGGCCGGCAGUAUGGGGCGGUCCCAGGCUCCUCCUCCCAGAUGUCCGUUCACAUGGUUUAGUGGCCAGUCCUAGCACCACGGAGCCUACAGCAGCCAAGGCCCCAGAGUCUCCAUGGGCAGAUCCUCCUCUUUGGGAGCCCAACACCUUUGAAAAACAGGAACUGUGUAUUAUUAUUAUUAUUAUUAUUAUUUUUUUUUACUGGAGGAGGAAAGCACAUACCCAAGAACAAGAGACAUUUAAGCCACUGAAGGAUACUUGUGGUGGAAUCAUCUCUGACUCAGUGGCCAUUCUCCUGCCUUCCCAAAUCUUAGUUUUAUAAAGCAUCGUCUCUCCAGAGUGGCCUUUGAAGAAACUGAAUAAUCAUUUUAUCAUAAUGUUAAGGGAGAUGCUAGCAUGUAGCAGUCAUGAAAAUUACCCACACACAAAUACAGGUCUAUACAUACAUACAUACAUAUGUGCAUGCAUACAUACACACAUACGUAUAUAUAUAUUCAUACACAAACUCAUCCAUACACAAACAUACAUGCACACUGACUCGGAACUGGGUGAACUCUGUGGAGGGAAGCCCAGCAUGGGUGCUUUCACCAAAAAUUUGUCUAUGUACAACAGUAGAUGGACUGGGCCAGCAGGAGCUGCCAGCGUUUCUCCUCUGCAGCUUACCCUGUUUCUGGAAUGAACCGUGUAUCCUGGAACCCCUUCCGGUCAAUGAGGGUGGAAAGACAUCAGAACUACAACUGAACUGGGCUUCCUGAAAAAGAUUGCUUUUGAACAUUGGCUCUCUUCAAUUGGUGUGCUGUCACUGAUUUUCCCAGUGGUGCCCGUGAAAAGAGGGAGUAAGAGUAGA